AGAAUCAGUUGUGCGUCUACGAUGGCAUGAAUGUUGAUGAUAAUGAUCGUGGCGAAACUUUCGCAGUCAUCUCUCCCGACGGCACUCGAAUGUUACUAUCGAAAGGAACCAGUGCAGAACUCUGGGAUAUCGAGAAUCACCAAAAACUUCUAACCCAGCUCGGCCGAUCCUAUCGCGGAGAGCCUCUUGUCGCUUUCUCACCGGAUGGAAAAUACAUCGCAUCUUCCAUUCCAUAUGACCAGAAAGUUACUUUUUAUGAUGCCUUGACUGGUGCUAUUCUUUGCAAACACGAAAUUGACGGUAAUCUGGAAAUCACAUCAUUGUCCAUUUCAAAGGAUUCUGCACGCAUCCUGAUAUCGUUCGAUACGGGAAAUACAGUUAUUGGGCAUAUAGCUGAACCAUACACUUCGAUGCACGUCGUCGACACUAUUCCCCCAGUCCACACUAUGGUUCAGCCAUGGCGCCAGGUGUCUCCAUGGUUCGAAGACAAAAGAAAAAACUUGCUUUAUUUUCCUGAGACCGUGGAGCGUCUCUGGGCAAGAAUGGGCAGUAAUCUUCGUGGGUUGAUUCUUGAAUUGAAGACUGGCGAGGUUGCUCUGACUGGGGGAAGGGUAACGUACAGUAUGUGACAUAUGAUGAACAUGUGGCAGCGUGCAUGGUAGCACAUUUGUCUCAAUAAAGCUUAGGUUCACAA